AUGCAGUUUGUUGCUUUCAUUAGAGCCUCCCAGCACUUUCAAGGUUUCCUUCGACGCCAGCAGCUGUUGGUGGCGGUGGCGGCGGCGCUGAUCCUCGUCUGCUUCUUCGCCCAAAACACUCAGGAACAGGAUGUGCAGAAUCUCAAGAGAAUGUUGGAGGAUAUCAACAAAAAGCUCGAGAAAAUGAAUGUAGACGCAAGGUCGAACGCAGGACUUCCUUCGAGUGAGGAGAAGGACGAAGGGGAGGAGGAGGAAGGAGAGAUAGACGUGGGAGGAGUGGUUUCCGGAGACGAGGACGUGGUCAAUGGGAGACUCCUGACCUCCAAGGGCGUCCCCGUGAAGGUCGUGAUCAUGCUGGGGUCGACGGCGAGGAGCGGCACCAGCCUCUUCGGGGAGCUCCUCUCGCAGCAGAAGGAUUCCCUGUACCUCUUCGAGCCCGAGCUCUUCGUGAGGCAACACUCAGGCCAGAAGGUGACACAAGAGCUCGGCAUGAAGCACAUGAGAGACAUGAUCCACUGUCGAUUUGACAAGGACUUCAUCACCUUCCUGCACCGGCGGUCGUCCCCCUUCAACAUCUUCCGCCACGCUGUCACCAAGACGAACUGCCGCAACUGGGACACGUGCCUCACCAUCCCCAGGCUGACGGGGGCGUGCAGGGCGGAGCCAACGAGGAUCAUGAAGGUGAUACGUCUGCGCGUGGCUUGGAUGAAGGAACUGCUGGACGACCCGCGGUAUGACGUGAAGGUCGUCCACCUGGUGCGCGACCCCCGGGGAUCCCUCUACUCCAUGGCCAAACUCCACCUACACAAGCUCAUGCCGGAGUACCACUGCCCCCUCAUCUACGACGACCUCGUGAACGGCCCGAAGUUCAUGGCCGAGUACCCGGGGCGCGUCAUCUCCGUCACCUACGAACAGUUUUGCCUCGACCCCGUUGGCACAGCAACACGGGUGUGGCGAAUGCUCUCCGGGGACGAAGGGGCGUCGAUCCCCGCCAUGUGGUCGGAGUACAUUGAAAAGCACGUUCAUCGCACUUCCACCAGACGCAUCGCCGCCUACGGGACCUUCCGAAACAGCGCCGAGCAAUACCAGUCCUGGCGUGACAACAUUACGGAAAUUGCGUUAACGAGUAUCGAGGAGCACUGUCAGCCCGCGUUGGAGCUUCUAGGGUAUAACGUCUUCGGCGAUCUAAAGACGACGAGGAACCUGUCCGUGUCUCUCUUCGCAAACUGAACGAGUCGAAGCUUCGAGCUCGGGUUCGCUAGGGUCGGAAAGCCUUCCAGUUGUUCUUCGGGUAAUGUUUCGCAUACUUGCGCGUCUCGGGUUACGGCGAUAAUGGUACCUAUAGCUUCCUGUCGCCCAAUAUUGUUUGCAUAUAGAGGGAUAACUGUGGCAUCCCCCGUUUCUAUAAUCCACAAUAUCCGAUAAUAGUGGAGGGCCUCAGGGAUAACUGGAAAACUGCAGAUGAAAUGUAAAGGAAGACGAGUUGUACGCAAUGUAUACACGGGAAAGGUCAGCAGUUCACCCACUGCAGGAGACCACGCCCCCUGUAAUCCGCCUUAAGGUGAGCUACCAAACCCCAGGGGAGACAAACAACGUCCAUCGCAGGAUGGAGUGUAGGGCCAUCUCGAGAUUACACUAGACUAC